AUUAAUUAAAAUAAUGGCCAUAAUAGGUUUUCGAUGUAUUGUUGGAAUAUUAUUUUUUGUCCAGUGGUUGAGCACACCUGGUUUUGCUCUUGCCUGUAACUUGGCGCAAAAGGAGACGUGUGGUGAGUGCAUUAAGUGUGGUGGGAUUUGGUGCAAGGAUCCUUACGAGACGCGAAAAUGUGUACCGUUAACUGGUGGAGGGGACGACUGGUGUCCGAACCACAUGGAAACCGCCCACGCGGACCUCAGCUCUCUGGACGGCAAGGUGUUCCGGCCCCAGUAUGAGGAGGUCCUGGCUCAUAUUGACUCGGGGAAAGUUACUACACUGAAAAUAAACGGAGAUUCUAUGGUGAAGAGUAGCAGAAACGUAUAUCACAAUAUUAUUAACACGACGCAGACUGACAAAUCGAAAGUUCACGUAAUGAUUCACAAAUAUCCUACUAAAAUUGAAGUGACAACGAAAAUUAGCCCAGGCUUCUGCUCACCGUCAUCGCAAAAGUUCGAGUAUGUGUUCGUGGAAGUCGGCAUGGCGGGUGUGGGGGAGAAGGCUCUGCUGAAGUAUGUGGUGCCUUGCGGCUGUGGGUGCUCUGAGGAGGUGGAAACCGUGGCUCUGGCUUGUCAUGGGUUUGGAAGCCUUAUUUGCGGCACGUGCCAGUGUGACGAAGACAGACAUGGCAAGUUUUGUCAAUGCGGUCCGGUGUCUUCGUCAUGUGUUGUUGCCUCGCGUACUACACCUAGGUGCUCUGGAAACGGCUACUGUGACGAGUGCGACCAAUGCCAGUGCUUCUCCGAUAAAAAGGGAUCUCAGUAUUUCGACCAACAAGAUAACUGCAAGGACCUCGGCGCAACCGUCGGCGACUUCCUCGACUGCCAGAAAAACAAACAAUUUUGUUUAUCCUGUGACCGUAAUGUAUUCUUCCGCAAAUGGAAUGAAACUUUGCUGAAUGAUCUGUAUGAUGAUACUAGAAAAUCUUGGGUCGAUUUGGGGUCGAAAUUGCCGGGAUAUUUCGGUUGUGUGAUUGAUUCCAUUAUUCACGUUAUGCGAAAGCCGGAGUGCUAA